AAUAUGUAUAUACUAUUUUGAUCAGCUUAUAAUCACCAUUUUUAAUGGAACACACAACCCGUAUCAUAUGCAUUGUGAGUUAUCGUUAUUACAGUUAGCACGUUUCAGAAUAGACAUUUCAGAUGAAGAAACUGAUAUAAAAGUGUUCAUCAGUGAAUGUUAAAGUGUAUAAAGUUGGACAACAGGCGUCGAAAGAACCAUCUGUAGAGAGGGAAGUAAAAAGGAAAAGGCCCCUUUUCCCCUCCUUUGAAGUCUGGCUCAAAGAGUUUUAAUAAUAUAAAACGAGAGAAAGAGAGAGGCAAGGGCCCCAUGAGGGAAUGGCACCGCUCCUGAAAAAUCUCUCAGCUUGCUUCAUUCCGGAGUACCGUCUCGUGUGCAUCGUCGUCGUUGUGGAAGGUAGAAGCAUUCCAUUCAUGUUUUGGAAUGCGCAGUGUGAGAGCGUCGUCCGGCCGACGAGGACGUAAAGAUCAAGGAUUCCUAAACUGUCCUCGCACAUAAGUUAUCAACUUUCAACUUGUUCGCCGGUAUAAACUGCGAUCGACUGAUUUUCGUGAAGAUCUAUAUAAUCGUUAGCAUUUACGCUACAUAACAUAUAUGUUUUGUUCUAUUGGAGUGCCCUCACAACAGCUGCGUGCCCGUCAACAAGAGGAUUGUCCUUACACUCUUUCGUCGAUCAUUGGUGGUGCCCAAGCGUCGAAACAAAGACGACGAGUAUGAGAAAGAAUGUUCAGGGGCAUCGAUAUGCGGUCAACAAGUCAGGCAGGUGCCAAAGCAGAUGUUUUCCCCUCUCACUUCUAUCUUUAUCGUCUGCAAAGUCUGUUUUCAAAAAUAAAACUUGAAAGAUGUGGUGAUGGCCGAAAAACGACGGCCCCCAAGUUUGGAGCCACCGACAGACUCGCCAUCUUCAUCUUCUCCAUCACCAAAGAAAUCCAAAUUAACUGAAUCAAGUAUAGAUACAUCAGCUGAAGAUAUCAAAGAUCUUGAAGCCGAUGAAAGCCUUGAAACUAGCGAACAGUUGUCACGUAGCAGUGAAUCUCUUGAAAUUGAAGCCCCUAAAGAUAUUUUGGAAGUCAUCGAACCUGUUGCCGGAUCAUCUCAAGUUAAUCCCGAAAAAUUAGACCAAUCAGAAAAAAGUGCGAAAGCAAUGGGAAAAAAAGUUGACAGUUCAUUAGUUGGUGAACACGCUCAUUAUCAGGAGUUAACUUUGAUCGGCGAUGGAGCUUAUGGUACAGUUUAUAAAGCGAAAGAUUCAUCAAGUGGUCAGGUAGUUGCGUUAAAAAAAGUGCGAGUUCCCUUAACAGAAGAUGGACUUCCGACGUCAACGCUUCGAGAAAUUGCUGGACUCAAACAAUUGGAAAGGUUUGAACACCCAAACAUUGUCAGAUUGCUUGAUGUUUGUCAAGGAAAUUACCUUCAGGUUCCCAGUGAUGAACAAAAUGAUAGGAUUAGUCGUGGAUUAACUUUGUGGUUAGUUUUUGAGCAUGUAGAUCAAGAUCUUGCAUCGUUUAUCUCUGCUUGUCCACCAGGAGCAUUAUCCUCUCAGUCAGUUAGACAAAUGUCCAAAGAAAUUCUUCAAGGAGUCGAUUUCCUACACAGUCAUCGAAUUAUUCAUCGAGAUUUAAAACCACAGAAUCUUUUGGUUACUAAAGAUGGCAAUAUUAAAAUAGCUGAUUUUGGAUUAGCUAAGACGUAUGAUUUUGAAAUGAGACUGACAUCUGUGGUAGUAACAUUGUGGUAUAGAGCACCUGAAGUACUUCUGGGAUGUUCUUAUGCAACACCAGUUGACAUUUGGUCUGUUGGUUGCAUUAUUGCUGAAUUAAAUAGACUCAGGCCUUUAUUUCCCGGUACUAGUGAAGGUGAUGAGUUGGAUAGGAUUUUCCAAAUUAUUGGAACACCAAAUCAGGAUGAAUGGCCUAAAGAUGUGUCUCUAAGCUGGACUGCAUUUCCAUAUCGUCGUCCAACGCCAUUGAAGAAUGUAAUACCUGACAUAAAUGAUGACGGUUUGGAUUUAAUAGGAAAAAUGUUAACAUUUAAUCCACAUAUUAGAUUAACAGCAGCUCAAGCUCUUCAACAUAGGUAUUUUAUUAAUUCAGGUUCUCCAUCCUGAUAAGAAUCUUAAUUGUACGAAUAUUUCUAAAGAAUUGCAUUUUGUUAACUAUUCAAAGUGUGUAUGAAUAUUUAGUAGUAAAUUUUUUAACAUAUCUAAUGUAUUCGAUAAUUAUUUUAGAUAGAAUGUUAUUUAAAUAGUUCGUGUGUAUUUUAAUUUAAUUAAUUAGGCAUUUCCGGUGAUGCCUGUGAGUGCCUUAAAAUAUGAAUCGAUGUAUUAUUAUAUAGAUAAAGCCGUUAGUUUAUUUUUAUAAUAGUUAUUAUUAAUUAUUCAACAAGUCUUAAAUAUUAGUUGAAAAAUUAAUAUGUAAAAUUCUUAAGACUGGGAUCGUUAAGAUCCAUUAUAAGUGCUGGAAGUUUGAAAAAUUUCCUAGCUUAAACCAGAAACAAUACUGCCAUUUUUUCAUUAAUUCAUGCUUAUGCAUUUAUUAAUUAAUUAUUUUUUUGUAGUUUUAUUUACUUAUACUUUUGUAUUAUAUAUUGUAUGCAUUUUUGUUGUCUAUAUUGUCUCAUUUAUUUAUAAAGAAAAAUAAUCUGUAUUAAAAUUUUGUAAACGUGAUGAAAGAACGUAAUAAUUAAAAUAAUUAGAGACUGCAUACAUGUUUAGUGGUAAAUGUAGAAAAUGCAAAUAGAACACAUUUUAUGUGUUAUUUUAUAUCCACAUUUAUUUUAAAUACAAUGUUCUUGAUAUAAUC